AUGCCAACAAUAGGAGUGAGACGACCUCUUUGGUGCAAUAGCGAGAAGGCUUAUCUUGCCAGCAUCUCGAUGCACACAGUCAAUGGGAGGUAUUCGAGAAUAGGUCCUAGCUCAGUCAUGCGCCAAAUGACAAUCGAGAGCAAGAAACAUCGCCGUGGUGGUGUUGCUUUUGCGGAAGACCCAUGGCCUAUGAGAAAUUAUACCAUUAAUCGCAUCAGAUAUCAGUGGAAAUGUACUGACAUGGUCAACGAAGAAGCUGCUCGUCUUCGCGUCGAGCAACCCGCUCAGCAACUACAGCCGCAAAUCGAACGAUAUAUCGUACCUUCCGGGGACUCGAUAGCAUCUCAUGACACCAACAUCGAAAUGCCUUUAGAAUGGCAACUGGAAGUUGAAGAAAUGAUGGCUCCGUUGAAACUUCAAUGGGCUGAGGAAGACCGCGUCAAAGCCUCCCGAUACCAAUCAGCAGUAGCAGCCGCAGAUCAAGCUCUAGGAGCUGAUUUCUGGACCCAUUUUCAAGAAGAUGUUGAUAUGGAGUGA